AUGGCGGUUGGUUGCAUUGAGCCUCCUGAGCAGACGUACAAGUGGGCUUUAGCAACGUUGCUUGUCACGCAUUACGACACCCCACCCGAGACGAAGAAGGUGCACAGCAUGUUGAUGGACUUGAAAACAUCGUUCAAAUCAGAGAAAAAGGAUUUCGGCUUUACUCGCAUCAUGGAUUACCCAGAUUCGCCAUUCGAGCUCCCGCCCGACAUCUUCCAGGCCGCCUACCCAGGCGAUGAUCAGCCGAGCAAGAUUGAGCUCAAGGGCAUAAAUGCAGUCGCUGACAAGAUCUCGCUGCGCCCCACCAGAGGGGCCCUCGUUCCAUCACCGAACGACCCGUACGAGAUGGGAUUGUUUUACGAGCACCUGCAAAAGUUGCUUGACCACCGCAAAGAAAUAAGCCAAGCGGCUGCGCAGGGCCUUCCAGCGCCUCACAUGAAAUCCGAGCAGCGAAGCAGCUUGGCUAUCCACCGCGCUGCUGAUGGGACGCUAAAGGCGCAACAAGCCGUCAAACAUGAGCCACGUGUCAAGCACGAGCCAGAAGCGAAGCGUGAGGAGCAAGACGCUGAGGAGCAAGACGCUGGCAAGGGUGGGCGCGGCACCGCCGAUGAUGACGACGGACCGCGUGAAGAGGACUUGGGCACCCGCACCCGCGCUGCGAUCCCUGCCCUCAAGAAGCGCAAAGCCAAGGCGAAGGAAGACACGAAGGCGAAAGCCUUAGCUAAGAAGGGAGCUGCUGACGCAGCAAAGGACGCCGCGGCAUUGGAGGUCAAGGCUGAUGCGCCACCGCGGAAACGCCCAGCAGCAGCCGCUGCUGCCGUCAAGCACGUGAAGGCUGCGAAGGUCGAGCCUGCCGAGGCUGCAAAGGGUGGGGGUAAGUCCAAGGAUGCCGACUUGAAGCCGAUCCCGAAGUCUAAACUCAUGGGCGAUAUGCCGUCGUUGCCAAAGGAUGGUUCGAACCCCCCGCCAGUGGCCUACAAGCAGGGAAUCAUCUACACAAGCGUCAAGCUCAGGCGCUUCCGUGCCCUCAG